AAAAUUUGAUACUGUAUUUUUUUCUUACUGUUCUGCACCUCCUGCCUCCAAGGAAAACACACUCAGUUCCAUGUUGCUGCCCUCUAGUUAAACCCACUCUACUGGAAAGAACCAGCUACACACAGCAAGCGAAGCUGUAUAUAUAUAUUGGGGAGCAUUUAUUCUUGUCCUCUCUGAGCUGCUGGGCAGCUAUGGAUAUGCUCACUAUACUGCAGCUAUGUUUAUUUCUUUGCACUCAAAUAUGCUCUGCAUGCGAAAUUUUGGGUAAGUUUAAAAUGCAAGAUAUGUUUAAAGAAGGAAACCUCAUGAUAGGAGGGAUUUUUCCUAUUUUUAACAAGCAGGAGAAUGUACUUGUUUCUUUUGACACAACACCAACUAAACCUCAAUGCAUAGGGUUUGACCUGCGAGCAUUUCGAUGGACAAGGACCAUGAUGUUUGCAAUAGAUGAAAUAAAUAGAGAUGAUCGUUUGCUUCCUAACAUCUCUCUGGGAUACAGAAUGUUAGACUCUUGUGCUUCUCCUAGUAAUGUUUUGCGAGCUGCUCUGACUUUGGUGAGCGGGUCUGAGGAAAAGGGAUCUCAGUGUCAUCCACCUCCCAUUACAGCUCUUAUAGCCGAGUCAGGAUCUACACAGUCCUUAGUUGUUGCUGGAGCGCUUGGGCCCUUCAAAGUGCCAGUGGUUAGUUACUUUUCAACAUGUGCAUGCUUAAGUGACAAAAGGAAAUAUCCCACAUUCUUUCGCACAAUACCAAGUGACUACCACCAAGCAAAGGCUCUGGCUUUCCUGGUAAAACGAUUUGGAUGGACGUGGAUUGGAGCUCUGCAAUCUGAUAAUGACUACGGACGUAACGGGAUUACAGCUUUCACAAAAGAAGUGGAGACUCUUGGAGUUUGCAUUGCAUUUGUUGGCACAAUUUUGCGGACGUAUCCCAAAAGUAAAAUCCUUGAAGUGGUGGAAAUGAUAAAACAAUCAAGUGUAAAAGUGAUCUUAGCAUUUGUGCCAGAGGGAGAUCUAUAUCCUUUAAUGCAAGAAGUGUUAAAACAGAACAUUACUGGAAUACAGUGGAUUGCGAGUGAAGCUUGGGUAACUGCAGACAGACCAUCCACUCCAGAGAUGUUCAAAUCUUUUGGAGGGACAAUUGGAUUUGUGGUCCGAAAAAUGGCCAUGCUCAAAUUGGGACCUGUGCUCAGAGAUAUUAGCCCUUACCAAGAAUUAAACUCCAGUUUUGUCAGUGACUUCUGGGAAACAAUGGUUGGCUGUAAGCCUCUGUCUUCAGUAAAUAUUUUACCAAACAGAACAAAAAUAUGCACAGGAAAUGAGAAGGUGAAUUACACAAACAAAUUUUUUGAUGUCACACAACUCAGAAUUGCAUAUAAUGUCUAUCAAGGAGUAUAUGCAAUCGCACAUGCACUUCAUCGUGUGGUAUUUUGUGAAAUGCCUGGUAGCAAUGUGUCAAGGAAGUGUCUCAAUGUAUCAGCGAUAACACCAAAACUGGUAAGUGAGCAAUUAAAAGAUGUGCAUUUUGUGGACCAAUUUGGGGAGGAGGUUUACUUUGAUAAGAAUGGAGACCCACCUGCUUCGUAUGAACUCAUAAACUGGCAGCUGAGAGAAGGGGCAGUACAACAUAUUCCAGUAGGAUAUUUCAGCACCUCUGCAAACGGAAAAUAUGACCUUGUAAUUUAUGAGGACAAGAUUGUUUGGAACAAAGGAAAUGUGACUCCAAAAGCUGUUUGCUCUGAAAUUUGUCCACAUGGAACACGGAAAGCACAAAUAAAAGGACUGCCUUUUUGCUGCUUUGACUGCAUCCCAUGUGCUGAUGGCUCCAUAUCCAAUACAACAGGAGCAGCGGACUGUAUGUCUUGUCCAAUAGAGUACUGGUCUAACGAGAGAAAGGACAGCUGCAUUAUGAAAGUCACUGAGUUCCUGUCAUACACUGAAACAAUGGGGAUUGUUCUGGUGGCUCUGUCACUGUUUGGUGCAUGUUUAACAUUUUCUACACUGGUGGUGUUCAUACAUUUCCGAGAAACACCAAUAGUAAAAGCUAAUAAUUCAGAACUGAGCUUACUGUUACUUGUCUCGCUAAUCCUCUGCUUCCUUUGUCCUCUCACAUUCAUCGGGGAGCCCACAGUCUGGUCUUGCAUGUUGCGCCACACUACAUUUGGCAUCACCUUCGCCCUCUGCAUUUCCUGUGUGCUGGGAAAAACCAUAGUUGUUGUAACUGCUUUCAGAGCAACAUUGCCUGGUAACAAUAUGGCAGCAAAGUUUGGGCCAGCACAACAAAGGGGCAUUGUGUGUUCAUGUACUGUGAUUCAAGUAGUCAUCUGUAUUCUCUGGUUAAAGAUCUCACCACCAUUUCCAAAUAAACUUUUUGAGCAAAGUAAUAAAAAAAUAAUUUUAGAAUGUAACACAGGCUCGGAUGCUGCAUUCUACUCAGUCCUAGGAUAUAUCAGCCUACUCGCUGUGAUUUGUUUGGUGUUGGCAUUUUUAGCCAGAAAGCUGCCCGAUAACUUUAAUGAGGCUAAAGUGAUCACAUUCAGCAUGCUCAUAUUCUGUGCAGUCUGGAUCACCUUUAUUCCUGCAUAUAUAAGCUCUCCUGGCAAAUACACUGUAGCUGUAGAGAUCUUUGCCAUUUUAUCUUCUGCCUUUGGUUUACUUUUUUGUAUUUUUAUGCCCAAGUGUUACAUCAUUCUAAUAAAACCAGAAAGAAACACAAAAAAGCAUAUGAUGGGGAAAAAUCCAAAACAUGCUAUGUAA